UAUGACCUUUCCAUAGAUUGAAAUGACAAAUUUUGUCAUUUGAGUUCAAGUACUGACAGACUUUAGUUGCUUUCAGUUCUGUUAAAAUUUGACUUUACUUAGUAUUUAUUUGGUAUAUUUAAAUCUAAUCGGAUGUUGCGCUUAAGAGAUGUUGUUGGAGAGUAUUUGCAGAACUCAACUUUGCAUGGAGCUAAAUUUAUUGUAGACAAAGAUGCUUCGUGGUUGGAACGUCUAUUUUGGAUAUUUUGUCUAGUGGCUUCUUGGUUUGCUUCUUGGCAGUUAAUAAAAGCCUCAUUGGAGGCUUUCGAAAACAAUGCUAUCAGUUUCGUGGUUGAGUCAUCAUAUCGUGAUUGGGACACUAAUUUUCCAGCUAUUGUGGUUUGUGAAUCAAAAAAUAUGGAUCGUAUACAAGAAGUUGCAGAACAACUUUGGGGUGCCGAUCAUGAUUUUACACUUGAAGAGGUCUUGAGCGAGAUAGCAUUUUUUCGUGGUGAAUCUUAUCACACUGUACAUGAAUGUGGUGGUGAAGAACCAGCAGAGAAUUGCUUUUAUUCCAAUUUUUCCUAUUAUGCUCAGUUGGUACGCAGCAGUUGUCCAGAUUCCAUACAAAACUGCCUGUGGAAUGGUAAAUCUUUUGAUUGUUGCAAAUAUUUUCGACGUAUGGAAACGGAAUUGGGUAUCUGCUAUGCAAUUAACUCCCUACAGGCUGGGUUAAAUAAGGGUCCGAAACUUAAUAUGUAUUCGAAUAGGUAUACGGGAGCAGGAUCGCUACAAAUGGAGUUAUUAACUGAAGCAACUGUCUUUAUACUUGGUGAAGAAGAAGUGCCAACAUUGGUAACACCUAAAACCGAUUAUUUGAUAGUGGGUCCAUAUGUGUCAUUUGUGCGUCAUAUAGCAAAACGUGAUAUUCAAAACGAUGAUCAAAUUCGUGAUACAAGCGUAGCACAACGAAAUUGUAGAUUCAGUGAUGAGAAUACAUUGGAUGUUCAUCGUUAUUACAGCUAUAGCGCCUGCACUGUACAAUGCCGUAAAGAUCGACAAAUGGAGUUGUGCAAUUGCUCUAGUCAUUUGACACCAAAUACACCAGAUUGGCAGCUUUGCAAUAUGGAUGGUCUGGAAUGUCUUAAUCGUAACUAUGAAGAUCUGUCUGUUAUAAUAGCAAAAUGGUCUCGAGGACGGAAAGGAUUGGUGUGUGAUUGCUUACCGUCAUGCACCGAAGUUGAUAUAUCCACGGUGCAUGAUAGUAAAGAGAAUAUAUACGGUCAUCAGAAUCCCAUAUCUAAAAUAGAAAUUUCACUUAUCGAAUUACCAACGGAGCGUUAUAAACGCAAUGUAGUGCGUGGCAAAUUGGAUUUGGUCGUGUCUAUUGGUGGCACAACGGGCCUAUUUGUCGGUGCCAGCUUGCUUAGCUUCGUGGAGAUUGUGUACUAUAUCACCAUCCGACCAUACGGCACAAUGCUAUUCGAGAAGCAUCGAUUGCGUCAAGAGCUACAAACGAACUGAACAAUACGAAGACACA